AAAACGUCAACGCUCGAAAUACAUAAGCAAGGAACCAGCUGGGAAGCCCACCUCUAGGAUCCCUUUCCCUUCUUGAUAAAUCUGUCUUCCCCCCAUCGUCCGCCAACCUGCACAGCUCUUUUAUACUAUCUCGGAUACUACCACCACUGUUACCAUCUCCAUCACCAAAACCACUAGCACCACCACCACCACCACCUCUUCUCCUUCCCCAGAUUAACCGCCACUCGCCUCGUUCACCAUGUCUCGAACUAAGGUUCUGCUCGUCGGAGCAGCAGGUGAAACUGGUGGCUCCAUUGCAAAUGGCUUGCUAGAACAGCCCAACUUCGAAGUUCAUGCACUUGUUCGCCCUCGCUCGGUCCAGAAGCCCGCCAUCGUUGCCCUGCAAGAGCGGGGUGUUCAGAUUCGCAAAGGUGACCUCAAGGGACCCGAGGAAUCGCUCACCGACGUUCUCACCGGAAUCGAUGUCGUCAUCAGCUGUGUUGGCCCGUCCGAACAACAGGAUCAGAUCCCCCUAGCCAAAGCCGCGAAAAAUGCCGGUGUUCAGCGAUUUGUUCCCUGCGGUUUCAUCACAGUGGCUCCUCCUGGUGGCAUCAUGUGGCUGAGAGACGAGAAAGAGACGGUCUACAAUCACAUCAAGCAGCUCAGACUUCCCUACACCAUCAUCGAUGUCGGCUGGUGGUACCAGUUCUCCUACCCCCGCCUUGAGUCUGGUCGCAUCGACUAUGCCAUGACCUCCGCCAACAACGAGAUCGUCGCUGACGGCAACACCCCCAUCGCGUUGACGGACUUGAGGGAUAUCGGUCGCUAUGUCGCCAAGAUCAUUGUCGAUGACCGCACACUGAACAAGAUGGUUAUGGCAUACAACGAGGUCAAAACUCAAAACCAGAUCUACGAUCUCCUCGAAGAAAUCAGUGAAGAGAAGAUCCAAAGGAAUUACAUCCCCGAGGAAACCAUCUACACCAGAGUGCUCGCAGCCCGUCAAUCUAGUGAAACAUACCCCUUCGAUCCCGUCAAGUUCAUCCCCAGAUAUCUCGCCGAAUACCAGCUGUCCUGGGGUUUGCGGGGUGACAACACACCGGAAUAUGCCCAAUACCUGGGUUAUGUGACCUCCAAGGAACUGUACCCUGACUUCACGCCUACUGACUUCAAGGAAUACCUUGAGACGGUUGUCAGGGGUGCAGCCAAGGGCGUGUAUACCGAUCGUACCAUUUCCAAGGCUCAGCAGCGCUUCUUCCCUCGAUCCGAGUCCAGUGAUUCUCUUUACACUCGCAUUUUCCCUCGCACCGAAUCGAGCGACUCUUUGUACAUGUCUCGUUGAAAAACAAGACCUGUUCACUAUUAGAAAGAAACACGAUCCCGCGCUAGAUGCGCCUUUACCUUCCUGGUACUCCGAUCAUGAUUCACUAUCCGGUGCCACCUAUCCGGUGCUCAUCACACUACGCGACGGCAGCCCUUACCCUUUUCUUGCUUCUCUUGCUUCUGCCUUCUUAGGGUAUUUUUCUAUUCCCGGGUUUCUAGACAGGCGUUCGUGUAUCUAUUGAUGGCUUAUGACUGUCUUGAGUGGAGGGUUUGGUUACGUCACCACUCACGUUUAUAUACCAAUGUACUUUGGGGAUUUUUCAAAAUCGCCCAGUGUCGGUGACAGGUCUCACGGUCACUGGAAAGAUAAAAUCAAUUUUCUUUUCAUC